CCGCACUCAUCAAAGGUUGUUUUAUAAUCAAUCCAACCUCAUCAAGGGGUGUUUUAAUUCUUCGAGCCAGCAGUACAUUAUUUCGAGAAAGGACAAGCAAAAGAAAGAGGAGACCAAAGUAUGAACAUGUUCGGAGCGCGCACGUCGCCGCAGUGGAACAUGGCGACGAUGAUGAAGACUAGCGGCAUCACGGAGGACGUGCAGCAACAUCUGGUCCGUGUGUACGCGACGCUGGCGGCCUGCGUGCUGUCGGCGAUGCUCAGCGCGGCCAUCACUCUGGCUUUUGGCCCCGAGCGCUUCGCGUUCAUGGGCUCGUCGCUCGUGUCGACGGUGGGCUCCAUCUGGCUAUACAUGGAGCCUGUACAGAACUACAACAGGCGCUUCGGUAUCCUCAUGAUGAUCUCAGCAGCCAUGGGCCUCACCGUGUCCACACUCGUCGCUGUGGCGAUCCAAGUGGACCCCAGCAUCCUCGUCUCGGCCCUACUUUUGACGACGCUGGUAUUCAUGUGCUUCACUGGAAGUGCAUUGAUCGCUACUCGCCGCUCCUACUUGUAUCUGGGCGGCAUUUUGAGCUCGGCACUGUCUGUGUUGUUCCUCACGAGCGUGUUUAGUAUCUUCAAGUACUCGUCGUUCCUGUUUAACUUGAACCUGUACGGUGGACUCUUCAUGUUCUGCGGUUACGUGGUGUUCGACACGCAGAUGAUCAUCGAGCAGGCCAGCAUGGGCGACAAGGACGUGCUCAAGCACACGCUCUCCCUGUUCAUGGACCUAAUGUCCAUUUUCGUGCGCAUCCUCGUUGCGCUGCUCAAGAAGAAUAACGGCGGCAGUAAGCCCCGCAGCAACCACCGCGACUAAGAACGACCAAUCUCGCCAUUCGGUCACACCUUGGGAAUGAAGCAUGCAUGUUAUUCUUUUGAGCUAAUAAACUUUGUGUUCAUGAUGAACUUCAUCAACAACAUGCACGCAGAAUGAAUGUUACACUUUGAAGACACGUCAUCAGAACAUUCUCGAGU